GUUUCUACCAAACCAUUUUCUACGUCUAAGGUUACUACCAAGCCAUUUUCUACGCCACAAGAUUCAACCAAGACAUUUUCUUCCCCUAAAGAUUCAACCAAGUCAUUUUCUACGCCAAAAGAUUCAACCAAGUCAUUUUCUACGCCAAAAGUUACUACAAAGUCAUUUUCUUUCCCUAAAGAUUCAACCAAGUCAUUUUCUACGCCAAAAGAUUCAACCAAGUCAUUUUCUACGCCAAAAGAUUCAACCAAGACAUUUUCUGCGCCAAAAGAUUCAACCAAGUCAUUUUCUACGCCAAAAGAUUCAACCAAGUCAUUUUCUACGCCAAAAGUUACUACAAAGUCAUUUUCUACGCCAAAAGGUUCAACCAAGUCAUUUUCUACGCUUAAAGUUACUACCAAGCCAAUUUAUAUCCCUAACGUUUUUACCAAACUAUUUUCUAUGAGUACUGUUUCUACCAAGACAUCUUCAGUGCCUAAAGUUGCAGCCAAGGCUUCUUCAAUUCGAUCUUUGGUGAACACA